AUGGAUGUCUUGGCUAGUUAUAGUAUAUUCCAGGAACUCCAGCUUGUCCACGACACCGGCUACUUCUCAGCUUUGCCAUCCUUGGAGGAAAACUGGCAGCAGACAUGCCUGGAGUUGGAGCGAUACCUUCAGACUGAACCGCGGAUGAUCUCCGAGACCUUUGGUGAGGAUUUGGACUGCUUCCUUCAUGCUUCCUCAGUCCCAGAUGCAGAGGACAAUAUCCGACGGCUGGACCCCAUCCUUUUACCAGUGGAGACGAGUACGUGUGACAAAAGCGCCAACGUGGACUUUAUCCUCUCACGGGACAAGCUGUUGUCUGAGACGUGCCUCAGCUUGCAGUCUACCAGCUCUUCCACAGAAGGCUAUACAGCCGUCAACCAGGCCCAACUCAAUGCAGUAACCUCAUUAACACCCCCUUCCUCUCCAGAGCUCAGCCGCCAUCUUGUAAAAACCUCACAAACUCUCUCAGCGGUGGAUGGUACGGUGACGUUGAAAUUGGUGGCCAAGAAAACUUCGCUCAGCUCUGUGAAAGUGGGUGUAGCAACAGCAACUGCAGGGACAACAAAAAGUGGGCAAAGUGACAGUGAACAAGGAGGUACAGGGGCAGAAGCAUCCCCAGAAAACAAGAAGAGGGUUCAUCGCUGUCAAUUUAAUGGGUGCCGGAAGGUUUAUACAAAGAGCUCCCACUUAAAGGCUCACCAGAGAACUCAUACAGGUGAGAAGCCUUACAAGUGCUCGUGGGAAGGGUGCGAGUGGCGUUUUGCACGGAGCGACGAGCUCACAAGGCAUUACAGAAAGCACACGGGUGCAAAGCCCUUUAAAUGCAACCAUUGUGACAGGUGUUUUUCCAGGUCUGAUCACCUUGCCCUACACAUGAAGAGACACAUCUAA